CACUAUAUAAAACAUAUUGGUACAUGACAUUUAAAUAUUAAAUGGUAAACUGGUCCUGCAGUGUUUUGGACGAUAAAUCAAUUCAGUCUGCGACUGACCGACGUCCGCCUCAGGAUUGGUUCAGCUACGUACACGUGACUCGACAGGAAGUGAUGUAGGUUGUUAUAUUAUGCAGUAUUUCCAAAGUAUUCGCACUGAUACUCGUUUCUGUUUGUUUGACAGUUUCUAUUUCCUGUAGCUGUAAAGUAAUUGUGACUUUACGUCCACUGUUGUUUGUAGCGCGCGCUCCUUUGAGCAGCACCUAGGUUGCAUUGAAAACAUGAACACGUUGGUGACCAAAUUAGACCACAAAUGGAUCCAUUUAACCCUGCGGCAACCUUGGAUAACAGCUGUGGCGGCUUCUAAGGUCCAGCUCUCCACACUUCCUCCAGAACCGGUCGUCCCCUCUAAGAAGCCUUUCAAAGUGGACCUAGUUGCUGGAAAGCGUUACUCAUGGUGCACCUGUGGACACAGCAAGAAUCAGCCUUUCUGCAACGGAGCCCACAAGACCAAAGCCCAAGGCUUGUCCCCGCUACGCUUUGUCCCCGAGAAAGACGUAACAGUUUGGUUGUGUGGUUGCAAGUAUUCAAACAACCCACCUUACUGUGACGGCACGCACAAGCAGGACUUCAUUGUUUCUGCCACAUUACAUGAACAAACGUACUCUUGAAAAGGACGGCAGAGAGGAAUUUGAACAGAGUAUUUAUGUUGCUGUUGCACUCACAUUUCUGUACAUCGUUGCACUCUUAUCAUCGCAGCGCCCGUAAACUGAUCAAGCUUGGAUCUUGUCUCGUCAGUAUUCCUCUCAGUGCUUACGAGGUGAACUCCACAGCUCACAACUUAAAUUGUCCUUGCUUUGUCUUUCUAUAGGAGAGACAAUGUUGCAUUAACGACAGAGUUGGCCGAUAUUCUGUGAUACAAUAGAGAUUUGUUUAAAAAGAGAGAUUUUGCCAUACUGUUUAUAUUCAGGUGGCUACAAGAUCUUCGUUUUAUUAGGCCAUUGUGGGCAAUGUUGCAUAUAAAUGGUACUUGAAGUCCAUAUAAAAGGACGUUAAAAAGGGGUUGACUAGCAUUAUGGUUAAAAUGUUUAUCUAUAGGCUGCUUUUACAAGCGAAAACUGUCCUUGUAGAAAUCGUACUGUGAAGUGUGUUCACGAAGCAAUGUAUAAUUUCAUCCUAUCAUUGUGAUGGUGUGUAACAACUACAAUCUGUCAGGGCCAGAGAGGGAGCAGCUUCUCCAUAUAUAAAUGCCAUUUUCUUUUCCUGUUUAACUUUUGGGAGAUCAUUUUAUUUUGUUUGUAAAAUAUUAAGACAUAAACAGUCACUUGAGUUGCCAGUUUGGGUUAACCUGUCCAUGAUAAUGUUGUCAAAUAUAAAAACAAAACAAAACAAAAAAAUGAUGAUGCCCUGUAAUAUUGGAGACAAACUUUCCUCUACACAGAGCCUUGAUAUUGACAAUGUGAAGUACUGCACGCAGAAACGAUUGAAAAACAUUUUGAUAAGAGAAGACCCAACUGUCUAUCAUCCAGCAGGUGGCUGUGCUUGUGAGCUACUGACAUGUUGCUGUAUGUGCACACAGUGAAUAUCUGCCAAAAUCAUGUGUUCAGAUUCAGAACAGGCUGCUUGAGUAAAACGUAUGUAACUUGACAGAAAUGCCUUUAAAUGUUUGUGCUGAUACUUCCCCCUAUGCCUCAUUCUGGUAGGCAGGGGGCAUGGUCUUUUAUUUGUCACAUGACUUUCAUCAUAUGUCAGUUAUAUCAUCUUAAAAAGAGAACAGCUGAAUGUCCAACCACCAAAAAAGGGAAUCUUAUCAUUGAAAAAGGUUGGGAAACAUUAACAUGCAUUAUGGCAUGUUUUAGUCUCUUUAAUCAUUCCUGUUCGGUUUCAGUUUAUUACUUAGAAACUACAUGUGGUUUGAUGUUUUCAAUGUAUAAAUCUAAAUAUUUAAACAUUGGUUGUUCUUCCAAGAUAAUGGAGUAACAUUAACAUUUUAAGGUCACUCAUUGCACACACACACACACACAC